AUGCUGCAGUGGAAUAGGCCUACGGAGAGUGGGAGUAGAUGGCAAACUAGCGGAAGCUUUGCUGUGAAUAGAAACGGAGUGCUCAGAUGGGGAGGGGCUGCUGAGAGGGCGGACUGGAUACCGGACUUUGAGGAAGCUGUGAAGGCCGUGGAGGAAUGA